GCAUUCCUUCCUGUGUGCUUUCCAGGUAGCGUGUGCAAUGAUGGCCACAGGAACAAGAUCCCACUUCCAACAUUUUUAUCAACUGCCUUAGCUCUACUGGGAAAUCAUCAAGAGGCUGCAGGCUUUGAAUUCAGCUGUGGGUGCCUCCAGACUGCCACUAUUUUGCAGGAGUGUUUCAAGCAAGUACUGUACUGUGAAUUUUGGUUUGUGUAAUCAAAGGGGAUUUAAGUGCUCAGUUGCAUGGGCAUAGCCGGGGAGGGGGGCAGGGGACAGCUGCUCCCUAAAAUCAAAUAAAUAAAUAAAUAAAAAUAUUUAGCUAACAGCUCGGUUCUACCCCUCCCCUUCAACAUCAAGCCUGGCUAUGGCCAUGUUCGGUUGCCCUUGUGCAACAAAUCCACUUUAGAAGUGAAAUGGACUUUGGGACAGUUUGGAAAGUGAUGCAUUGAAAAAUGCAUUGAAAAAUAUGGGAUGAAUGAAUGAGCAAAUGAAGAGAGCUGCUCAUUGUUGUAUAGCCUCCCUGAAAACAAAUCAAAACAAAUGCUCAAUAAAGACCGGGUAUAGUAUGACCUCUGUGUAAGCUCUGCAUAUAAAGAUCAGGAUGAAUGCUCCAUAAGUAGAGUUGCUUAGAGGAGCUCAGUGUCUUCCUAUAGCUAAAAUGUGACCAAACUGCUAGCAAAUUACAACUGUGGAAUGAAUACUAGCAGGAUUAUACGCACCCUUUGCUGGUAAUAUGUGUUAAAAGUUUCCUGCACUUAAGGCACAGAUAGGACACUAACAAAUUGUUUGGUUUGGCCCAAGGAGUCUUCCAUUUCUGUUCCAGUCACUGGCCAUUAGCAUCCUAGGCAGGAAAGGUUUGUGAGUUUAUGCUGGCAGCAGAAGAGUACAGGAAGCAUUUAUUGUCAGUUCCUGAGCAGUGUUUUGAUUAUAAAUUAAUCUCUUGAGAUAUUACGGCAGCUGCAAAUGGUUAAUGAGUAUCAUAAUACUACCUGCUUCUUUUCCUUGUCCAAAGGCCAGUUGGGUCCCUGAGCCUAUAAAACUCUGACGGAGCGCUGGAGCAGACCUACCCAACACUUGAGACUGAGGCAAUCUGCAAAGAUGUCCAAGAUCUUCUCAUUUCUCCGCUUGCUUGUGCUCUUGCUGGGCUUUGCCUUCAUCUGCCUAGGAGCCUAUUGCUUCUCUACAAGUGCCUCUGCCUGCAAGUGCAAUAGUUUGCCUAUUGCCUACUUCCUAUUACCCUUGGGUUUCUUUUUUCUCAUCUCUGGGAUUUUCUGGAGCACUUAUCAUGAAGCUAGUAAGCACAAGGGCUUAUUCCACACCCUUAUGCAUGGAAGUCCCAGACUUCAAGAGACACAGAUUAGUACCAUAGACAGGCCUGACUUCUACCCACCAUCAUACGAAGAUAGCACUGAUCCCGAAAAGCAGACUUUUGCACUGCCCAUCUGCCCCCAGGAGCAAGUCAAGGACAUGUACAACAUACCUCCACCUCUUUACACAGAGAGCAGCCUGGAAUUCCUGGAGGAAGCCAGCCCUCAGGAACAGCGGCCGCCUUCGUAUGAAGUCUCCGUGUGGCAGGCUGCAGAACAUAACUUGACCACGCGUGAAGAGCCUUGCUGCACAUCCGUGUCACAGGCCAGCUGCUGAGGGAACAGCCUGCCAGAGGACGUGAGGCGGAGAUAAGCUGUGCCUGCUAUUUUGGGAGAGUGGCUGGGGUUAAUGCACAGGAUUCAAAGUGUAGUCGAAGUGAAGAGAGGCAAGCACUGUUCUAUGCAAUGGAGUGAAGACAGUAACUGCAGUAACUGACAGAAAGCCUGAGUAAAGUUGCUAAAGUUUUGAAGAAUGUUGCUGAGUCCAGUCCAGUAUUGCUGGCUAGCUGCAAUAACUGGGUAUGUUUGUUUACAUUGUUGUAGCUUUAUUCUGCCUAUGCUAGGGUCAGGCCUUGCUGUCAUUUCCUAUCCUGUAAAGAUCAACAACAGUAGCAGGAGGAAGUGCCCGUCAGAGGGAGGGACCUUCUCAAAGGAAUGACAAAAGAAACCCCCAGGCAAAGCACUGUUGAAUGAGGCAUGCACUCACACACACACACACAGACACACACACACAGAGAGAGAGAGAGAGAGAGAGAGAGAGAGAGA